AUGUUCAACGCCCGGCCUAGCACUGUACGCCGCCGCCUCCAGGAGCUUUGGAAGACUGUGGAGUCCACAGAACAUGAGCGAACCGACGACAACCUUCUUCUAGCCUGGAGAAUUCGUCGAGAAGACCUGAAUUUGGAGGAGCCCCCGGACGCCAAUUCAACCUCUAACUCACCAAUUCUCUUGUCACUCCUACCACAGGCCACACUAGACGAACAUCCCAUUGAUCGCGCCCAGUAUGAAGAAGGACCUCUGAAGGGCUGCCUGGUCUUCAAAGACUAUUCGUCUCAUUCCCGACGCGGCCCUCGCCACGUCCAGGAUUUCGUCUAUGAUUGCGCCUGCAACGCGGCCAGAGUCGGCUUGCCCUGCUUAGGUCCCCGCGAACUUGAGAUGGCAAUCCUGAACUUAGCCAAUAAAAUCGGAUGGUGGGACGCCAGGUACGUAAUGCUCUGUCCAAACAUGUACAUUUUGCCUUCCAGAUUUGCCUGA